AGGGUUGCCUGUACCAACGCCCUUUAGCGCUGGCUCUCGCUUGAGACGGGAGCGGCUCUUUCUCCUCGCCCCAGCCCCGAGCGGAGCGCACCCGAUCUAGCGGCGCCAGCCGGCUCGGCCUAGCGGAGCGGACACAGGUUUUGAGGUGCCUUUUCCUCUUGACAGUGUGACAGUCCCAGCCUCUCUUUCUGCCUUGUGCUUUCACCACUGCCAGCCACCAUGGAGAAGACCGAGAUGAUCCAGAAAGCCAAGCUGGCUGAGCAGGCUGAGCGCUAUGAUGAUAUGGCCACCUGCAUGAAGGCAGUAACCGAACAGGGUGCCGAGUUAUCCAAUGAGGAGCGGAACCUGCUCUCGGUGGCCUACAAGAACGUAGUGGGGGGGCGGCGCUCUGCCUGGAGGGUCAUCUCUAGUAUUGAGCAGAAAACAGACACCAACGACAAGAAGAUGCAGCUUGUCAAGGACUAUCGGGAGAAGGUGGAGUCUGAGCUCAGGUCCAUCUGCACCACUGUGCUGGAGCUGCUGGACAAAUUUUUAAUAGCUAAUGCAACUAAUCCAGAGAGCAAGGUAUUCUACCUGAAGAUGAAGGGAGACUACUUCCGAUACCUUGCUGAAGUUGCAUGUGGAGAUGACAGAAAACGUAAGCAUACUGUGUUCAAUCAUGCUCAAACAGUUAACGCCUACUUCUGUUUCGAGAUGGUGGGGAGAGGAAAGAAGCGCUAG